GGUCAGAGUUAAGUUAAACGCUUUCCCAAGUGCAAGUAUAAACCUCUACUAUACAUGAUGAGAUGAUUCGUAAAGAUGGCUGCACGUUGUCCAUUUUUGUGACAUUUAGAAUUUAUGCCAUGACAACGUCGAUUUUGUAGUUACUUUGAAAUUGUAGCACUUAUGGACACCGCCAUGGAAAAUCAACAGAGUAAUACCAUCAUAUUCAAUGCAUCUAAAGCAGAACUUUUCAACCCAAACAACGGCUUUAAAUCACUUGUGAGAAAGUUAAGAUCCAACUGGAAAAUUAUUGUCAACAAAGAUGAAUUGAGUCUAGACAAGAUUUCAUCAGCUAAAGUCCUUGUAUUUGGCGGCCCAAGGAAAAAGUUUACUGCUGUGGAGUUUGAUGCCAUCAAGCAGUAUCUAGAGGGUGGUGGAAAUGUGUUGGUGUUAAUGGGAGAAGGGGGCGAGAUGAGGUUUGACACCAACAUCAACUUUUUGUUGGAAGACUAUGGGAUCAUGGUCAAUAAUGACUCAGUGGUUAGGACUGUAUACUACAAAUACUUCCAUCCAAAAGAAGUGCUUGUGUCAAAUGGAGUUCUUAACAGAGAAAUCAACAGAGCAGCAGGAAAGUAUGUGCCAGGAACUACUGAUGCAGACUCUCAUGACCUCGGAAAGUCGCUGUCAUUUGUAUACCCAUAUGGUGCCACCUUGAAUGUGGUGCGUCCAGCCACAUGCGUCCUCUCUACAGGGAGUGUUUCAUUUCCACUCAACAGACCUAUUUGUGCCUUUCACUCUCCAAAGUUCUCUAAAGGCAAGCUUGCAGUGCUGGGUUCUGUUCACAUAUUUAGUGAUCAGUAUUUAGACAAAGAGGAAAAUUCCAAAGUACAGGAUGUGAUUUUCCAAUGGUUGACAACAAAUGACAUCCAGCUCAACAGCAUAGAUGCUGAGGAUCCAGAGAUUUCAGAUUACCAUUUUAUUCCUGACACUGCAAAGAUGGCUGAGAGGUUACGUGUGUGUUUACAGGAGGGAGACGAGAUUCCAAGAGACUUUUCCAAACUUUUUGAUGAUGAGUUGCACAAGUUGGACACUAGCGUGGUACCAGAUGUCAUCAAGUCAUUUGAGGAGCUACAUUGUAAGCAUGAGCCACUUCAACUAAUUGCUCCCCAGUUUGAGACGCCUCUCCCACCUCUACAACCAGCGGUGUUCCCACCUCAGUUCAAGGAACUUUCUACUCCUGCUCUGGAUCUUUUUGACCUUGAUGAAGCUUUCUCUUCAGAAAAAGCCAGACUUGCACAAAUCACAAAUAAAUGCACAGAGGAUGAUCUAGAGUACUUUGUACGGGAAUGUGGAGAUAUACUUGGUGUUACUAAUAAACUGCCAGCAGAAUCAAGAGAUGCAAAGCACAUCCUGGAUCAUAUCUUCCACCAAGUGGCAGAAUUUAAGAAACUCAACCAGGAACCUGAAGAUAUGUAGCAAUGAAAUGCUGUUAACAUGAGAAAUAUACUCCUGCAUAAACUGGAUACCAUAGAUUAGCUCCACAGUACAAGGAAAGGACCAAGGCCAGGCACGUAGCUAAGGGUCGCAGGGGGCAUGUAGCUAGGAGUAGGAAUUGACAUGGACUGUCACACCCGCUCAUUGGAUAAAAAGAAGAGGUAUUUUCUUUAUCAAAGUCUUUCCUUACAGUACUUUAGACCAUUAGCAUAUGAAAUCUGUGCCUGCCCCCCCCCCCCCCCCCCCCCCCUUAGCAGGUCUAGCUUUUUGGUGGUCCAACCAAUCUCUUUAAAUAAGUCAAUAUGUAGAUGUGAGCUUUAGGUCAUCCCAGAUGAGGUUAAGUUCUCACUAUUGAAAAUCUUGUAAAAUGUCAACAUUUAGUAUUCUUCUUGCAGAACUUGAAGUCUGCUAAAACAUAUUUAAUGAUAUUAUGCUCUGGCUGACUUUGUCACUUAUCAAUUUUGGGGAAUGACUAUUCAUGUAUUUACAGAACUUGACACACCAUAUAAUAGAUAUUUGCAGCUUUUAUUCUUGGCACAAUAUUAACAAAAUAUACAGGGCUCGUUUUUUUCCAAUUUUCUUUUUUUUCGAGUUGGCCCUUGACCACAUGCCGAAGCUCUCCCAUUUCCAAAGAACCAUGACUGUAGUCCCUUCCUUCUUUAGAGAAAGAAAUAAAUUUUGGAUUCUGGAUUACACAGCAACCAUAUUGGCUGGGUCAAAGUUAAAAUGUGAUGAUUUCCUUUUAAAAAUUCAGUCUGGCUUUUCAUCUCCAUAAAUGCAUCCCAAUCUAACUAGCUUUGUCGAUAAUCCGUAAGAAUGUACAUAUCUUAUGCAUUGCUUGAAAAACAUUAAACAAAUUUUGGUGCA